CGCCGGGGUGCGCGCCCGCGGCGGCUCCGCAGCAUCGCCCGCCCGCUGCCCUCCGCGCCCGGCGCUGGGCCGCCAGCACAGGAGGGAGAUGCAGCCACAGCCCUGAGCGGGUGCUGCCAAAACCGUCUGUGACCUACCUCCGCCGAGCCCAGCACCAGCCAUGAGUGGCUUCUUCUCACGCCUGGACCCACGGCGGGUGCCGUGGGGGGUGGCAGGCCAUGCCCUGCGUGCCCGCGUCCUGCGCACCAAACCCGUGGAGUCAAUGCUGGAGGGCACGGGGACCUCCACCACCCAGGGCACCAGGCUGGCCAAGGUCCUCACCACCCUCGACCUCAUCUCCCUUGGCGUCGGGAGCUGCGUGGGCACUGGCAUGUACGUCGUGUCGGGCCUGGUAGCCAAGGAGAUGGCAGGGCCCGGGGUCAUCGUUUCCUUCAUCAUCGCUGCCGUCGCCUCCAUCUUGUCAGGCGUUUGCUACGCUGAGUUUGGUGUGCGGGUCCCCAAGACCACGGGCUCCGCCUACACCUACAGCUACGUGACGGUGGGGGAGUUCGUGGCGUUUUUCAUCGGCUGGAACCUCAUCCUGGAGUACCUGAUCGGCACGGCCGCGGGCGCCAGCGCCCUCAGCAGCAUGUUCGACUCGUUGGCCAACCACACCAUCAGCCGUUGGAUGAUCAACACUGUCGGGACGUUGAACGGACUGGGGAAAGGAGAAGAGUCGUACCCUGACCUUCUUGCUCUGGUCAUUGCUGUCAUUGUCACCAUCAUCGUGGCCAUGGGGGUGAAGAACUCAGUGGGGCUGAACAACGUGCUCAACGUCAUUAACCUGGCAGUCUGGAUCUUCAUCAUGAUUGCUGGUCUCUUCUACAUCAAAGGUGACAACUGGUCUGAAGGGAAAUUCCUGCCAUUUGGAUGGCCGGGGGUGCUCAAAGGGGCUGCGACGUGUUUCUAUGCCUUCAUCGGCUUCGACAUCAUUGCUACCACGGGAGAAGAGGCGAAGAGUCCCAACACCUCCAUCCCCUACGCCAUCACGGCCUCGCUCGUCACGUGUUUGACAGCAUAUGUGUCUGUGAGCAUCAUCCUCACGCUAAUGAUGCCCUACGACGCCAUCGACACCGAGUCCCCGCUGAUGGAGAUGUUUGUGGCCCAUGGCUUCUAUGCAGCCAAGUUCAUCGUGGCCAUUGGGUCUGUGGCUGGCCUGACCGUCAGCUUGCUGGGCUCCCUCUUCCCAAUGCCAAGGGUCAUUUACGCCAUGGCUGGAGAUGGGCUGCUCUUCAGAUUUUUGUCCCACGUCAGUUCUUACACGGAAACUCCCGUAGUGGCUUGUAUCGUCUCUGGAUUCCUCGCAGCACUGCUCUCCUUGCUGGUCAGCUUGAGGGACCUGAUAGAAAUGAUGUCCAUCGGCACGCUGCUCGCCUACACUCUGGUCUCUGUCUGUGUCCUGCUCCUCCGAUACCAGCCUGAGAGUGACAUUGAUGGUUUCGUCAAAUUCCUCUCUGAAGAACACACCAAGAAGAAGGAGGGCAUCCUGGCUGAUUGCGAGAAGGAAGCUUGCUCCCCAGGGAGUGAAGGAGAAGAGUUUGCUGGCCCACCGACCAACACGUGCGGGGCAAAAAAUCUGCCGUCGCUGGGGGAUAACGAGAUGCUAAUUGGGAAAUCUGAUAAAUCCACCUACAAUGUGAAUCACCCCAAUUACGGCACGGUUGACAUGACCUCAGGGAUAGAGGCAGAUGAGUCAGAGAACAUCUACCUCAUCAAGUUGAAGAAGUUGAUCGGCCCUCGCUACUACACGAUGAGGAUCCACCUUGGACUGCCGGGGAAAAUGGACCGCCCCACGGUAGCCACCGGCCACACAGUGACCACCUGCGUGAUCCUCCUCUUUGUCCUGAUGGUCAUCUUCUGCUCCUUCAUCAUUUUUGGGUCGGACUACAUCUACAAGCAGAGCUGGUGGGCCGUCCUCCUUGUCGUGCUGAUGAUCCUGCUCAUCGUCGUGCUGGUGUUUGUGAUCUUGCAACAGCCAGAAAACCCCAAGAAACUGCCCUACAUGGCACCUUGUCUCCCCUUCGUCCCUGCCUUUGCUAUGCUGGUGAAUAUCUAUCUCAUGCUGAAGCUCUCCACAGUCACGUGGAUCCGAUUUGCCGUCUGGUGUUUUGUGGGUAUGCUCAUCUACUUUGGCUACGGGAUGUGGAACAGCACACUGGAGAUCAGCGCCCGGGAGGAGGCCCUCCACCAGAGCACCUACCAGAGCUACGACGUGGACGUCGACCCCUUCUCCGUGGACGACAGCUUCUCCUACGCCACUGAGGGUGAGGACUACCCGGGCUGGGGUCCCUCCGAGGACAAGGGCUUCUCGUACCAGCAAAUGGCAGAAGAAAAGGAAAGCCAUCGGACGAGUAGCAGGUCGAAAAGCAAAGGCAGGCACAAACCGCCGUCGGAGGCUCUCAUCGCCAACGACGAGUUGGACUACUCACCCGAGUAGCGGGGCGGGCAGCGGGGCACCGCACCACGCAGCCGAUGAGGAAGGGUCCCCACGGCUCCCCCGUCCUGCCCCAUCCUCCCCGGGUCCUCCACCACCACCCCGCUCACCUCCGGUCCUCGGGACACGCUCUGCGAUUGCCGUUGACCCCGAACCAAACACCCUCGUGGCCCGUCCCGGCUCCACCAGUCGGGUCUCGCUCUGGUGAAUGCUGGCUGAUCCCCCGGCACCAGUUGAUCUCCUGACACCAGCCGCACCGGUGGAGGCGGUGGAGUGGGAGAUGUGCCAAACUGGGAGGGCGUUGAGAGGUGGAAGGAGCUGCAUGAGGGGACGAGUGGAGCUGUCCCUGGGGAAUGUCCACCCAACGGCCACAGCAGUGGGAUGCCACUCUUACAUUUUUGGCACUUUCUUAGAACGUGUGGUUUGUUUUUUUUUUUUUUUCUUUGAACCACCUAGAAGUAAAAGCUGAGCCAGAGGGACAGACGGGUAGGUAGGUACGAAAUGGAGAUGGACAAACCCCUUUCAAGGCAGUAGCUCAGACGUGGAUCCAGGGAUGUUGGUCCCAUCACACAACAUUUCCAUGGCCUGUCCUCACACAGAGGCAUUCGGUACACCCAGCAGCGCUACCCCUGUGGCCAUCCCCACACCCUAAUCCAAGCGUCCCAAAUACUGUGAUUUAAAAUUAGUCCAUGUCUCAAUCAAACCUUCAAGUCCCAGCACGGCCAAACAUCCCAAAUCUGCGAUUGGGAGCCCGGUCCCAUUUCUGGUCACAGCGAGGCCUGUGAUCCGCUCUUGGCUCAACCCGCCCUGUGCGAAUGGUCAACGAGGACCACACGCCUUUUCUCUGAGCAUCACUGGUCUGAAGCUGGGCGCUGUUUCCACCAUGUUGUGUCUUUUACAAAAAUGACUGCGCCGUAAUUCCCUCACUGCGGCGGGCACAUUUCAGCACUCGCUCUGGCCUCGGUGCUUCAGGGACGCGUCCGUGCCCCUGCAAAAUAGCAAAGUCCGUGGGUCAGGCAGGGCUGGGCCAUGCACAGCAAGCGGAGAGGACUUGGCUGCUGAAACCUCCCCGCUGCCACCUCCACCUUGUACCAUUUUAUCUGUUUCUGACCCUGGCUUGGUGGAUGCUGUAUGGAAAAACACUGAAACGCUGCUUGUUUUGUAGGUGUCCGUAUUUCAGUUUGAAACCAAACGGAGCUGGUGGCUCGCAGGGCAGAGGUGGUCAGCAGGGGGGUGUUUCUCAUAGUUAAACUCUCCGAUACAGCCCGAGCAAGGCCAUGACCCCCAGCAGUGCCAUCAGGCAUCCCCGCAGCACCGUCGGCGGUGAUGGGGUUUGGUGGCAGCCACCAUCUCCCCCAGCACAGACAGCAGCUGCGCUGCUGAGUCAGCAAUUAGCACCAGGUCCAGUUCUGGAGCCCGUCACCGACGUGCUCAGUUUAAAACACUGCAACAGAGGAACAUCUUUUUGAAUAAAUGAUAACCAAGGAAGCACUCCAGCAGACAGACACCCAUCCUCCUCCCAGCUGCUGAAGGCUGCGGCUGGAUCCAUCCCUGGGGCUCCCCUGGAGCAACCCAGACCAACCCCCAGCACCAGAGGCUGCUGCUGGCAUCCCACGGGAUAAAGUAACAUCAACAGGGGCACAAGGCAGGAUUUCCAACAUGUGAUGCUGAGAACCAUUAACAGUUUGGUUUACUGCAUGAGGCUCGGCCCCCCCAAAACCCAGCACGGAGCCUGCCUGGCACCCUUUGCAGGCAAGUGGGCUGAUGGGUGCAGAGGGUGCCUGGACCCGCACCCAUCCCCAUCACUGCCAGAGCUCAGUGAAAAAGCUCUGCCCAUGGCUGCAAAAAUUUCCUUGUAGCUCCUGUCCCAAACAAACUAUAGUAUUUUCCUCAGUGGAGAAGAGCAUCCGAUUCCGCAGAUCUUAACCCAGAGUGCCCAGGGCAAGCCACGAGAAGUUUGGCCUCUGCAAGUGCUCCAGGAUGGGAGCAAGGAUUUGGCAAAAGGACCUGUAAGCUUUGCUCUGGCAACACCUCCAGCUGCCCACCUCUACCAAGCUUCUACAAGCAGAAAACCCAAGCGUGUCCCACAGAAAAGCUGUUUGCAACGUGCGCGCCCCUCACGGGCCGGCUCGGGAAACCUUCCAGGCAGUGCCGAGCGCGUCUUGCAAAGUUCACCUCUCACUCGCUCUUGGCUGCUCUCAUCCUCAAUGCCUUAGAAGUUACCCGAGAGAGAUGGCACCUCGCAGGUCUGGCUUUAUAUUUUCAGGGAGAAAGAUUGAUGCUAUUUUCCAACCAGCUCUUGUACUGUACCAUACCCAAGGCAGUCGUCCUCAUCCUGCUUCCACACGGUAUUUAGGCAUCUGCUGAACUGCAAACUCACGCCCAAGUACCCUGUCGAAUCGAAGCCUGUUAUUCCUUUUGCAGCCUUAAUCUCUUGCUACAGAGCAGUUACCAGUACCAGUAUCUGUUGUCACGUCUGCUCUAAUUAUGCCGUAUAAUUUGACGAGGGCUUGAUCUUUUGACCUUGGGUGUCUGUAGGAACCUCUCCGUUGGAUCCAUGCUUUGAAUGGAAGCCCUUCAGCUGCUCUUGGUCGCGUUCACCCAUCCUCCUCCCCCUUCCCGGGGAAGUGCGGGGCCGGAUGGUCACUCCGUGUCCCCGGGACUGUCAGGAAACAGCAUCCGAUGCCACGGCACCGUGUGAUGCGGAUGGGCUGCCGUCAGCCCUUGCCGUGUCGGGAGGUGGGAGCUGUACCCCCCCCCGAGCCCACCUCAUCCCACCUAACGGGGGUGCGUAAGGAGAAGGCGGCUGAGCCCCGGGUUGGGUCUUGCCUGGGUUUGCCGGCGGCCAAGCAGCCGAUGCCCAGGGAGGCUGGUUUGCAGGGGGGUUCCCCCACCCUGCUUUGGGUGGCAGAGCCUAGGGGACACGCGGGUCCUGCCCCCGUUUGGGAGCUCAUGUGCUUUCCGUUGUAGCAGGCACCGGGGGCGCAAGCAAAAGCUGCAAAGGCCAAACCAUUCCAGAGUAUCCAUCGCCUCUGGACACCGCUGGCCCCCGGGGGUGGUUUCAGAUGCUGGGAGGAGGUUCAAGUGCUUGUUUGGCGGUAACCCCAAACCCCAGCCUUUCCCCCUGGGUGCCCUCAGGGAGGCUCUCACAGCCUUGACCCAUCGGGAGGGCACAGGCAGAGCGGUACCACCCCACUCCCACCGCCACCCUCCACGGGGCACGCACCCCGGGGGGCCCCACGCAUGAUGCAGACGGAGCAUAAAUACCUCAAAUCUUCCAGACCAACUCUGCAAGAUUUCAGUCACUCCACAAAUUCACUCGGGCACAGUCACGACCACUCGGUUACAAGGCCCAGCACGCCGGCAUCCUCCACGCGGCAGAGAAAUCACGCCCCGAAAGACAAGGGAUAUUGUAAAUCCAGCUUGUAAAUGAUCUUCACUUUGUUUUGUUCAGUCUUUCAGAUGUAUAUCUUGCUUUUUUUGCAGAUGGUACUUUCUGGUGUAACAAUUCUCUGCAGUUCUGGUAUGAAAUUGAUGUAUUUGUUAAAAAAAGUUUGUUCUAUUAAUUUUUUUUUUUUUUUUUUGUGGUUUCCAAAAAGCCCGUUGGUGCAUUGUACAAUGGGAUCUUGUAGUGUGUCAUGAGAAAGAAAAAAAUAUGCAGAUAUGUUAUGGAGUGAUUUUUAUUUUCAAAUGAUUGUGUUGUUGACAACUAUACAUAUAAUAUAUAUAUUA